CUUGAACUCCCUAUAAAAAUGAGGAUCAUCAUACCGAUUUUUGCAAUUGUUUUUUGUGGACUAUCCGUUGUGGAGUCUCUAAAUUGUCAGGAGUGCCUAACGGAUAAUGAUGUUUACUGUGUAAACCAAACUUCAUAUAGGAAUUGUUUAAAAAGUGGUCCCUUUGGCAGUGUGUUAAACUGUCCAGAAGGAACGGUUUGCACUAAUUCCGAUGAGGUUUGCGUGCCAAGUUCUGAAGUUACAGGAACUAUAGAGGAUGUGUGCGGAACCUCCGGAGGAAAUGGCUGUGCAACGUGCUCCAGUGAAAAUUACGCUUGUGUCAGCCAAAAUCAAUUUGCGAGAUGUUCUAAACAAGUUUUAGUCGACUCUAAUAUAUACAACUGCAAUGCAGAUGAGAUUUGUAACUCUGAAGCUUUAAGAAAUUACAACAAUAUUUGUGUACCCUCAUGCGCUGCGGAUUUUCUGGACUUGAAAGCCACGUGCAGCAACAGUGAAUACACGACGACAACAACUGCAGCUCCGCCAACUGUUACACCCAGCACUGAGGAUAAAGAAAAUGCCUGCUCCAAGGCAGGAGAGAAACUUGGACUAGCUUCUAAUGCAAUCACGUACUUCUUCACAAUAUACGAAGCGGAUACUACCUGUCAUACCUAUCUAUACUGCCAAACAAGCGAUUCCAAGUGGGAAACCGUAUAUUUCUUCUGCCCCCAAACCAAGCCUUAUUAUGACUCCACUAAAAAAGUGUGCGUGGAAACUAAACCAACUGGUUGCUCCUAAUUUGAGUAAAUUAAAAAAUCCUAAAACCAUAUAAACAAACAAUUAAUAAAAUAAAAUUGAUUCUAUGAU